AUUUCGAAAUUUAUGCAAAGUUUCUCGUGAAUUUUUCGAGAAGCAAAUCGGUUUUGCAAACACCAUCCACCAAACGAUGUUAGGAAAGGUAAAACUUUUGGAGAAUCGUUUAUUUCAAGCAUCGGAGGAUGAAAGUAAGCAGAUGCCAAAUAUCCUCAAGGAAUACGAAGAACUCAUGACUAUGAGCAAGGCAGUGCAAAAUUUUGUUUGCGAUUGGAAAGAGCUGUUGUUUGAAGAGUGCAAGAAUGUCACCAAGCAACAAUCUUACCUCCAAGAAGAAGCAGCUGCUGAGCCGAUGUCGGACUACAUCAAACCAUUGAUCAAGUAUGAACCAAAUCAAGCCAUUAAACUAUUGAUCGUUUACAUUCCUCCGUCCCUUGAGAACGUCGUUUACGCAAUUGACGUCGAGGAAAACGAUGAUAAAUGGUGUAAGCAGCUUCAGAACGACCAGAAACCCAUACUUACGAAACUACCCUCAGCUGGUGUGGUAUUUUGUGUGCUUCUGGAUGGAUUUUGGUUUCGCGCGGUACGCAGUUCCUCUAUUGCGUCUAGCCAGAAUAAAAGCUUCUUUUAUAUGCUAGACACGGGAGAAACUGUAUCAUACGAUGACACACUUACAAUUGCCGAACUACCUUCAUCGUGUCAAAAUAAACCAUCAAGAGUGAUGAGAUGUCGUAUUCGAUCUGAUGUGAGGGAUCCAAUGUUCAAACAAUUCGACGAACUGGAAUGCCGCGUUAUUUCCAUCGAUGAAAGUAACAUGGUUAAUGUUGAAGUGCAGCAUAAUCCGAACACGCCAGCGCCAGUCGAAGAAAGAAACCCUCUACAAAAUCCAACGGCGGAAGAGGUAGAGCAGUGGAACGAAUUACCGGAGACUACGACCAAUGCAACGAAAGCGCUGCUGGGUUUCGUUCCAAAGGAUGAUGCCACUAUCUGCAAAUUUUACAACCCACGAACGAAACGUUGCUUUAAGGGAAGCAACUGUCGACUACGGCAUGUCGAGCGGGAUCCGAACGGAUGGACACUGGAUAAAGAUACUAUUGUGGUCGACGUAAAGGCGCAAAUGGAAGUUCCCCAACCAAACACCCGAGUAACAUUACAACCCACGUAUGUUGAUGAUGUGAACCUUUUCUACGCGCAAAUAGUUCCAGAAUGCCAAGCAGUUCGCUCGGACAUCGAAUCCUUGCCGUAUAAAUUGAAUGACCCUGAUUCAGUAGCUCUGUAUAGAGAGAUUAAACGCUUUCCGUGUUCUGGUGAGUUGGUGCUGGCAAUGUACGAAAAUCAGUGGUAUCGCGCAAAAGUAAUCGACUUCUUCGAAGAUAACACGGCAUAUGUGUUCUACGUUGACUAUGGUAAUACGGCUACGGUUAGAAUGAAUGAGUUACGAUUAUGGGAAGAAAGAUUCAGCUACGUGCCAUUCCUUGCGGUAGGGUGCACAAUUGCAAACGCCCAGCGUGUUAAGGAAUGUCACAUCGAAGCUAUCGAACAGCUGCAAAACGUCCUUAUAGAUAAGGAAAUCGAUGCCUUGAUUAUCAACAACGAUCAGCUAUGGGAAGUGCAAAUAUUCGACGAGGAUGGAUGUGAUAUCGGCCAAUAUUUUAUAGAUACCCACCUAGCGCUUCCACGACAGUCAAACGAAUUCGAUAUUAACUCUGCUCUCCCCGGUUGAAGCACAGACUUUUAAUGUUCGUUCUAUUUCCAACAACUUCAUUUCCGACCACAAACAUAAGUUUUUUUUUUCAUUUCCGAGCCAUCAAUCAAUUAAAUAAUAGCAUAUUGCUCGUACAAAAGGUCCCUUAUUUUGUAGUAAUCUUCAGAGAUACAACCUUCAAUCGUCACUCGUCCGGUAUCGACUCGUCGUAAGGCUACAGUUCCAUUACUGCACCACAAAACACCCCCAGAAAACUCGGACGCAAUGUUGCUUCUCAUUAACACCUGUUUGAAGUCGAUCAAUUUCAACUCGUUAAUAAACACCGGAUUG